ACACAUCAGAAUUGUUAAGCCCAUGGCUAGUGGGAGCCAGUAUUUCAAUUAUAAGAAAUACUUUUCAUUCGUCUUAAUGGCUGUGGCUGAUGCCAAUUAUUGCUUUACCUACAUUGACAUUGGUUCCUAUGGAAGUAGUGCAGACUCUGCGAUUUUUGGGAACUCCUCUUUUGGGCAAUUACUUCGAACAGAUGGUCUGGACCUUCCACAAAAUAGUCCACUCCCGGGCACAAACGGCCCUCCCCUACCAAGUGUCUUUGUGGGUGAUGAGGCUUUUGCUCUGAACACACACCUACUUCGGCCUUAUUCAGGACAUAAUCUGAACGAAGACAAACGCAUAUUCAACUACCGGCUUAGCAGAGCACGCCGCGUAGUUGAGUGUGCUUUUGGAAUUUUGGCGAACAAGUGGAGGGUUCUCCACACACCAAUUGUGCUCAACAUGCAAAAUGCCAUUAGUGCUGUAGAAGCGGCGUGUGCCUUGCACAAUUUUGUCAGGCAGCGCGAUGGUCUAGAUUACGAGGAGCCAGUCCAUGAGACUCUGGAAAGAGCUCAUUGGACUGGUGUACGUGGGAACACACAGGGGACACAUGUCCGUGAACAGUAUGCCGCAUACUUUGUCUCUCCUGAAGGGCAGGUCCCUUGGCAGCUCAAUUCCAUUUAAUUUAUUGAACUUUUCAGCUUUUGACACGCUUAUUUUGUGAAAUAUAUUCUUUACUAUGCUGUUUUGUGGAAAAAAAAUAAAAAAUGAUUCAUGUUUUAA